AUGCCGGAGCGACCCGGCACGAAGUGGUGUGGCCGGACACCCCUCCAUUUUGCUGCGGAGGCAGGCCGUGCUGACAUUUGCAGCCUGCUGGUUCGGGCCGGUGGUGCGCAGCUAGAGGCUCGAUCCAAAGUUGGUCUUACUCCUCUCCUUUCCGCUGCUGCAGCGGGCCAGCUGGCAAGUCUCAAGAUCCUCGUGGACUUCAAAGCCGAUCUGGAGGUGGUGCAGGAAGGAGACGCCGCUCAAAGAAACGUGUUCCACCUUCUGGCAGUCAAGAGAACGGAGCAGCACUUUGUGUGCCUUCGGUGGCUUCUCGAGAUCCUGCUCGCCGAGGAUCCCAAAAGGCUGCUGCAGAUGCUGGAAAUGGAGGAUUCAGAUUUGAGACGGCCAGUUGACUUGGCGCAGCAGCGAGGGCGCUCUCACCAGGCCUUGCUGAGAACUCUCCGGAAAACCCGAGAGAUGAAUGAUGCAGUCCCCGACAAAGGUUCGGGGCCGUCUACACCUUCAAAGUAA